CUGCCAAAUUUCAUAUAGGUGCAAUAGGCGAUCCUUGCUACCGUUCGUGCUCAGCAACCGAAGGCUUCUGAUCGGAUUACACGCUGUCCGAUUUCAUGUCCACUUCCAGUCACUACACUUCUAUACUCGGCGAGGCCAAUUGGAAAAUAUGGGCAACUGUAAUACCCGUUGCGGUUUCUUUGCGCCGACAGCCGUGAUGAAAAGGAUAAAGGUCAUUUCAAAAAAUCCUGCGCUUCUGCGCUGCACACACGUGGACAUCCCUACAGCUGUCGCCGCUAUAUAAGACCCUCCAUCACUCAACAUCUGACUUCAAUCCUGUUAGGAGCAUGUCCAUUUCAGCCGUCAUCAGUGCUGGGAUUCCCUACUGCAUUGGGGUCUACCUUCUAAUUUUCUGCGGGCGCGCCGGAUCGCUGGCGAUUAACGGGAUCGAAUGGGUGGACUACGAGUCGAAUUCCUUCGAUAAUUCAGGAGCGGUGCUCGGGUUCCUGAUGGGCAUCCCCCAAGUCCAAGGCGAGAAGGAAUCGUUUCUCAACAGCAGCGGAAGGUUCAACCCGGAAGAAAAUCUCACCCUUCCUACGGUGGAAUAUUUUCUGAUGCCCGUUUGGGUGUACUGGUCGGCCAGCGCUUAUUUGCUCUUCAUCAGCAUCGCCGGACUGUUUAUGAACAUUGUCGUCGUCGUCAUCAUCCUCAACGACUCGCAGAAGAUGACACCCUUGAACUGGAUGCUGCUCAACUUGGCUUGCUCCGACGGAGCCAUCGCCGGUUUCGGGACGCCCAUAUCAGCCGCCGCCGCAUUAAAGUUUACUUGGCCUUUCAGUCACGAAUUAUGUGUGGCUUACGCCAUGAUUAUGUCAACUGCAGGAAUAGGAUCAAUCACCACUCUAACAGUAUUGGCUUUAUGGCGGUGUCAGCACGUCGUCUGGUGUCCUACCAAUCGCAAUGGCAACUUCACCGAUCCAAACGGCCGACUGGACCGUCGUCAAGGAGCUCUCCUUUUGACAUUCAUCUGGACUUAUACCCUGAUCGUCACUUGCCCUCCGCUUUUCGGGUGGGGCCGUUACGAUCGCGAAGCAGCUCACAUCAGUUGCUCAGUCAACUGGGAAUCGAAAAUGGACAACAAUCGCUCCUACAUCCUCUACAUGUUCGCCAUGGGACUGUUUAUUCCGCUGUUGGCCAUCUUCGUCUCCUACAUCAGCAUUGUACUUUUCAUCCACAAGACGAGCGAAAUGAGGAGGAAGCUGAGGACGACUCUUCAGACGACGACGACUAACAACGCCCAACGACAGAGUCAACAGACCAGCAACAAUAGCGACACGGUGGAGAAGCGAGUGACGUUCAUGGUGGCCGUCAUGAUUGGAGCUUUUCUUACCGCUUGGACUCCCUACUCCAUUAUGGCACUCGUGGAAACGUUCAUCGAAGACAAUGUUACCCAUGACUCGAUUUCAUCGGAAACCAAAUUUUAUGCCGGAACUAUUUCACCAGCUGUAGCGACGGUCCCCUCCCUGUUCGCUAAGACGUCAGCUGUUCUCAAUCCUCUUAUCUACGGACUCCUCAAUACCCAGUUCCGGACGGCUUGGGAGAAAUUUUCGUCCAGGUUCCUGGGUCGAAAGAAACGCCAUCAACGCAGCCAGAUGGCGAUGGGCGUUAGCCACAAACGUCGUCGAGAUUACCUGAGGACAUUACUCAAUCGUCCUGGAUCUGACGAGCCGGCCAUUGUCCAGCACCCGUCAACAAAAGAAAUGGCUUCCUCGCAAGGCGUUUCCGGCGUUGUGGUCAGCAACCUUGACAUCCCACGGGCUCCGAACAAUUCUUGCAUAACCGUCAACGAUGAAUAGUGUCUGGCAUGGUGUACCGUGGUGUCUGGAACGAUUUGUGUAUGGGACACCUGAAUCAACCGUCUCGAUUGUGUGGUAUGUAUGGUGUGCGACCUUUGCGAAAGAUGUACAAAUUAUUCUUACCAAUAGCUCCUUUUGGGCCACUAAUAAUCAAACAUUUCCCAGCUCAUAGACACAUAGUCACAUUUUACAGUUUUGUGUAAGCCUUCGUUAUUUGGAAGGCAGUUUAAAGUUAUUAUGUGAUGUUUAUUGAUUUGCAACUAGCCAUUUUAAUCUUUAAUAUGUACAUGUAUUGCAGCGUGUGAUAUUUGACAAGCUCAACUGUUUGUUAUUAUGUACAGAUAAGUAUAUUGUACUCUCCUCUUAUACUAAAUUUAAAGUUAAUUAUGUGUCCUUUUCAGUGUGCAAUGUGCAUAUCAAAUCUUUCAAUUUCUCUUCUGCAACAGCAUUUAAGACAUAUUUACAAUUUCACAGGUUAUACAACAUCUGAUGUUUAUAUUGUGCAUCAUUACAUAUGAAUUAUGCUUCCCUCUAUACGUACAUGGAUGUUGAGUGGAAUAAAAAAUAAUGUAAAAUUUAAUUCCAUCUGAGGAAAAGGAAAUUGGAAUAAUGUAAAAAAAAGAUGAAAAAGGGAGUUCAAAAAUGUAUUAAGAGCAUUGGAAUUUACUUCAUGCUGGGUUCGGUUAUUGAGUCGGAGAAUGGCGUUGAACAUCACGUAGAGUGGUCUGUACCCUUUUGAUUCAAUAUUGCAUUUCCUUCAAACGAUUUAUUUUUGGUCUGUUUUGCUAUUUUCAGAUACCGCCGAGACGGGAUAGUGGUUUUUUUUUUCGCGUGGGCUGCUUAUAGUUCUAAUUUAAUAUUCCCUGCAGAUUCUCUGUGUACGCAACAAGUUCUUGUUAGCUUAGGUCCACCGUGAAAUGCACAAGAGAAUCGGCAUUCACCGAUGUGCACAGCUCCGAUUCAAUCAACUUUCAUCGUUCUAUUUAUGCUCAUGACGUUUAAUGCCCCCCUCCUUUCAAUGAUACGUGAAAUUGGCUGCGAUCAAGACUUACCAGCAUACCAAC